AUGGGUUCGGACGCUCCGGAAGGUUCUCCGCCUUCACCGACUACUACUUCAUCGCCACCUCAAUCAUCAUCAGAUAACUCGUCCCCACCAUCUCCGCCACCGCCGUCGCAGUCGGCUUCACCGCCACCAGAAUCAUCAUCCUCGAAGCCGGGAAAAUCAGCUCCGCCUCCGAAUGAGUCGAAGUCAACUUCUUCUUCACCACCACCACCACCACCACCAUCACCAUCACCAUCACCACCACCACCACCAGAGUCAACUCCAUCGCCACCCCCACCAUCAACAUCGCCACCAUCACCAUCACCGCCACCGUCACCACCACCCCCAUCUAAGAGCAGUAACGCUCCCCCAACUAAAUAUAGUCCACCACCACCAAAAUUGACACCUCCAAGCACACCAACAACUCAAUCUCCUCCCUCAAAACAUUCCCCUCCACCACCAAAAUGGCAUUCAUCAUCAAGUAAUUCAGAGAGUGGAUCAAAAUCCAAUACCUCAUCGUCUCUGCCUAUUAUACUAGGCCUUUUAGCUGGUGUUGUUUUAUUGCUUAUAAUCAUUACAACCAUCAUUACUGUAGCUUGCUGCAGAAAGAAAAAGAAGGCAAACCAUGAUAAUCCUAUGCAAUAUUACAAUAAUUAUACACCAUCACAAGGUGAUGGCGGAUAUGGAAAUGCAUCAAGCUUAGCCCAACGAGGGCAAAUGAACAAUGGGUAUGAAGCUAAUAAUCACAUUGCCAUUAAUUUACCCCCGCCGCCUUACGGCACUAAUGCUGGCCAUGGAGGAGGUUGGCCUCAAACACCGCCAACACAACGGCAAACACCAUCAACGCAAGGGUAUGCGUCGUAUUCUAGUGAAAUGAGCCCCAACAUGCAGGGUCAAGUUCUGCCACCACCACCCACGUAUGCGUCACCAUCGCCUUUAGGGCUGAUCAACCAAAGCUCUUUCUCCUACGAAGAGCUAGCUAUGGCAACUCAUGGGUUCUCUCAAGCUAACUUGCUAGGUCAAGGUGGGUUUGGGUAUGUCCACAAAGGAGUUUUGGCCAAUGGUAAGGAAGUAGCCGUUAAAAGUCUCAAAUCCGGUAGUAGGCAAGGCCAACGUGAGUUCCAAGCUGAAGUCGAGACCAUUAGUCGCGUCCAUCACCGCCACCUCGUGUCGCUUGUUGGGUAUUGCAUAGCAGGGGAAAGAAGGAUGUUGGUCUAUGAAUUUUUACCUAAUAAAACGCUUGAAUUCCACCUUCAUGACAAAUGCCCCAUGGAUUGGCCUACUAGGCUCAAAAUUGCAUUGGGAGCAGCUAAAGGACUUGCAUACUUGCAUGAAGAUUGUUAUCCUGGCAUCAUUCAUAGAGAUAUCAAAUCAGCUAAUAUCUUACUUGAUUUUACUUUUAAAGCUAAGGUGUCGGAUUUUGGGUUGGCUAAACUUACUCAAGAUAACAAUACUCAUGUAUCAACUCGUGUCAUGGGAACAUUUGGUUACUUAGCUCCUGAAUAUGCAUCAAGUGGUAAGUUGACAGAAAAAUCCGAUGUUUUCUCCUUCGGUGUUGUGCUCUUGGAACUCAUAACUGGGCGUAGACCUUUAGAUUUGAACUCCAAUAUGGAUGAUAGUUUAGUGGAUUGGGCUAGACCAUUAUGUGAGAGAGCAAUGGAGAAUGGGAAUUUUGGUGAAUUGGUGGAUCGGCGCCUAGAAAACAAUUUUGUUCACCAUGAGAUGGUCAGUAUGGUUGCAUGUGCUUCUGCUUCUAUUAGGCAUUCUGCUAGAAGAAGACCCAAAAUGCGACAGAUUGUGCGUGCAUUGGAGGAUGACGUUCCAUUGGAUGAAAUAAAUGGGGUGGUGGCAGCAGGCCAGAGCUCAAGGUUCAGCACGACCAACGACACCAGCGAGUACAAUUCAAGUUCAUACAGUGCAGACAUGAGAAGAUUCAGGCAAACGGCGAUGACGGACAGCCAAGAACAUCCAAGCAAUAACUACGGUAACACUAGUGAGUACGGCCAUAAUUCUUCUUCCUCUAGUAGUAGCUCAAGUGAUCAUAUAACCUCCACCCGAACCCUAACUUAA